GGAUUGGCAUAUAUAACCCCAUGCGUGCCCGGCUCAUCGGGUCACUUCUGCCCUGAAAGAUCCGCAGCAGCCGCUUUGACCUCAACAUCAGAAUAUAUCGGAUUCGUAAACUCAGCCGAAGAUGAUGUUGACUCAGUAUAACUAUCUUUUCGCCUUGGGUGUGAUAUUUGCGGCUCUCGAUGCCUGGAACAUCGGUGCCAAUGAUGUUGCCAACUCCUGGGCCACCUCUGUCGCCUCGCGGUCUCUCACAUUGAUGCAGGCUAUGAUAGGUGCCAGUAUCUUCGAGUUCGCAGGAGCCCUCGGUGUUGGUGCCCGCGUCACCGACACUAUUCGAACCAAAAUCGUCAGCCCUGACCACUAUGUUGAUCAGCCUCCCGUCCUCAUGCUCGGUAUGGUUUGUGCCAUCAUAGGCUCCUCCGUCUGGCUCACGAUUGCGACCAAGUUUGGUAUGCCGGUGUCGACUACACACUCUCUUCUCGGAGGUGUUCUGGGUAUGGGUAUUGCUUCUGUUGGAGCAGAGAAGGUCACAUGGGUUGCUCCGGCGAGUGCUGUAGGCACCGCAAAGAUCAACACCGGUGUAGUUUCAGUAUUCCUCGCCUGGAUUAUCGCACCUGGCCUUUCUGCUGGCUUUGCCUCUAUCCUAUUCCUUAGCACUAAGUAUGGUGUCAUGCUGCGAAAGGACCCAGUCAAGAAGGCCUUCGCCCUGAUUCCUUUUUACUUUGGUCUUACAGCCAUCCUACUUGCUAUGCUCCUGAUCUGGAAGGGCGGUAGCUACGAAAUCAACCUUACGGAAGGUGGUAUUGCCGGAGCUAUCAUCGGUACCGGCGUUGGUUUCGCCGCCUUAGUUAGUAUCUUCUUCAUGCCUUGGCUGUGGCGUGUGGUAGUGAAAGAAGACUGGGAGCUUCGUUGGUACCACAUCUUCCAAGGCCCUCUACUGUGGCGACGACCCGAGCCAACCGCUCCUCCUGCCGAUUAUGACAGCCCUAUCCGCAACUUCUACGAAGGUCACCUCACUCGGGAGCAGCUUGACGCUAGACGUGCUGCCAACAACCCUGAAGACGUAGAGGCUGGACGAAAUACUACAUCAACUGAAAAGGAGGGUGGCGUUGCUGACUCCAGCUUGGCAUCUUCAAACGCGUCAGAGCAUGGUUCCGAGCGGGUAGCUUACAAACACAAGGCCAUUGUAGGACCGAAGCCAGAGGGAGCCUGGUACUCUGGCCCCGUCCUCUUCUGGUACCUCAAAUUUGCACUCUUCCACGGUGUGGAUCAGGAUGUCGUCAGCAUGCAGAAGAAGAAGGAUGCGCUCUCUGGCGACCUCGAGGAAGCCCAUGCCCGUGCCGAUCAUUUUGACAACAAGGCCGAAUUCAUGUAUUCUUUCCUUCAGAUCUUGACCGCCGCCACUGCUUCAUUCACCCACGGCGCUAAUGAUAUCUCAAAUGCUAUUGGUCCUUUCGCUACCAUUUACGACAUCUGGAGCACGGGUGGGAUUCCCGACAAGGCUCCCGUCCCUACCUGGAUCCUCGCUUUCGGUGGUGCCUUUCUCAUUAUUGGGCUUUGGACUUACGGUUAUAACAUCAUGCGAAACCUGGGCAACAAGCUCACCCUCAACUCUCCAUCGCGUGGUUUCUCCAUGGAGCUUGGUAGCGCUAUCACCAUCAUCGUAGCCACUCGUCUAAAGCUUCCAGUGUCCACUACGCAGUGCAUUACUGGCGCUAUCGUUGGUGUAGGUCUCUGCAAUGGUACCUGGCGCGCCCUGAAUUGGCGCAUGAUCGCUUGGAUCUAUGCGGGCUGGAUCAUCACGCUGCCUGCUGCCGGUCUCAUUAGUGGCCUUCUGAUGGGAAUUAUUCUAAAUGCCCCUCGUUGGUAAUGGGUCUCCGGAGAAUUUCACAUUUUGAACUUAAUUCUUGUAAUUACUUACUACUGGAAGCUCUCCAGGCAUGCCAAGGCGUUAAUGUUAGAUUGCCAGUGUACAUUCGUUAUACCCUCAUAAUAAGGAUCUUUCGCCGCGUUUGAUCUCGAUGUAAUUGGGCAACUGACGACCAGGUAGAAGGCUUGAAUAUCAUGUCAAAAGUGAAGUACCUUGUCGGUAACCAGUAUACGUGAGAAAUCAGUCACGAGACGUCGGCAGUUCGGCUCUAC